AUGGGGAGGCCAUGGCCAUCCUGGUCCUCAUGUGGCUCCGCCACUGCUUACGAUGCAUAUAUCCGAGAAGCACAGGAAGUGGAUGUCAAGCUGGUUGAUUUGAUGGUUGCUGGUAAUGGCACUAAGGAUAGUGACUUUAAGGUUGAUGAUCAGGGUGGAGAUCAUGUAUUUCUGAGAGUUACUCCUAUGACGGGGGUAGGACGUGCAUUGAAGUCGAAGAAGUUGACUCCUAAGUUCAUUGGUCCGUAUCAGAUUUCAGAGAGGGUUGGAACAGUGGCAUAUAGAGUUGGUUUGCCACCACAUCUUUCGAAUUUGCAUGAUGUAUUUCAUGUGUCGCAACUUCGGAAGUAUGUAGCGGAUCCUUCGCAUGUUAUUCCGAGAGAUGACGUGCAGGUUAGAGACAACCUUACAGUUGAGACCUUACCGUUGAGGAUUGAAGACCGUGAGGUGAAGAAGUUGAGAGGCAAGGAUAUACCUCUAGUGAAGGUUGUUUGGGGUGGAGUAACUGGUGAGAGUUUGACUUGGGAGCUGGAGAGUAAGAUGCGGGAGUCGUAUCCAGAG